AUGUUAAAGUCAGUUUUAGAUGUUGGUUCUUGUUUUUACAAACUAGAUUCGCAUUCUACCCUACUAUUUAAAAGUUUAAAAAUUGUUAAUCAAUGUAACCAGAUCAGACUAUUGAGUAGUAAUAUUAUCAACUAUCAAUUGCAAGCAAAGGAAAAAACUCAAUCAAAGAGAAAAAUAGAGCCAUUAGUACGUUCUAAAUAUGAAUCCAAGGAUUAUAAAUUGCCUAAGUGGAAGGAGUCAUUAGGUGAAUUUGUUAUUAGUACAUUUCGUUUAGAUAUGGAUAAAGUUAGGGCAGGUCCUGUAGCUGGUUCCUAUUAUUAUAGUAUUUGUAGAAAACAAGGGCUCCAAGUGGAAGGUGAAGAAUUGUCUCCAUCAGCAAAGUAUUUCUAUGAAACUCUAAGAUUGCCAAGGACUUUUUCACAAUGGUUCCAAAUCACUGUUUUACAUGAAUGGAUGUUGUUCACUAGAAUGAGAGCUAUGCCAUUUAAAUAUGGUAGGAAUUAUCAACAAAAAUUGGUUGAUAGAACAUUUUCGGAUAUUGAAAUAAGGCUGUUUGAGGAGAUGAAUAUUCAUUCAGGGAGGAUUGUCGAUCAAUACUUGAAAGAUUUUGACACUCAAUUAAAGGGGGCUGUACUGGCAUAUGAUGAAGGGUUUUAUUCAGAUGAUAGUACUUUGGCAACAGCUGUUUGGAGAAACUUGUUCGCUGGUAGAAAAAAUAUCGAUAUUAGUCUUUUGGAAGAUGUUGUCAAAUAUAUUAGAUCUCAACUUUAUAUUCUAAGUAGAAUGUCAGACAGAGAGUUUGCAUUAGGUAAAUUUAACUUUGUUUUGCCAACAGAAACGGUUAAAAGAUUGACUCCAGAUGAAGAACUACAGAUGAAGAAGAGUGUUAUUGAGAAAUAUAAAAAGCUUGAAAAGAGUGGGUUGAUGUUACCCAGCGAAAAAAGUAAUCUUUCAUAUACCAAUUAA